UCCACAGGCUUCAGUGGGAGCUGAAGGCAGAAGUGUGGUGACGUGCACCUGAACCCUGUGUUCCCAGGAUAGCGCCCUAGAAGGCCGGGCAAGGGAGGGAUGAACCUCCACCCAAAUCCUCCUCUCUCCAGUUGCUUUGCAGCAGAUCAGCGUUGCACAUGGGGCCGUUCUUCUCCAUCCGAGAGGGAAGCAAGGCUAAUGGAAAUCAAUUCGAUCCCAAAGGAGUGCUCCUUUCUCAGGGGCCUUCGGGGGAAAUACAGUCCCAACCUCUCCUAGAAGACAAACGGGAAGAAUCUCCCCCACUUUGGCCGCUGCCCAGCGUGCGGGCUACAAGGAGAUAUCCACUUGGCAAGUGUUUCUCCCCUGAGACCAACACCUACUGCUAGGACCCCGCUAGCCAGCCAGCCUUCCACUGCUACCUUGAGUGGGAGGGAGAAACCAAACCCCAGCCAGACCCACACAGCUUAGGUGUUGGAUUGUAAGAGCUCACACAGGCAGCAGCAGUGGCCGAUUGCAGCAGCAGCAGCAGCAGCUGCGAGGGCAGCCGGCAGAUGAGGACUUGAAAACUGAGUGGUUUUCUUCAACCCUUCCGUGAGAGCAGCUGCCAGGUUGGUGCUGGCAAGCGGGAGUCAGAUGUCCCUCGGCUGCAUUCCAGGCAUUCCCAGGGACUUCUAAGGCAGGUUGAGAAAACACUCAGGAGGGGAAAGCAUUCGAAAAUAAUCCGAGAAGAGAUUUUACCUUGAAACUAGGACCAUGGUUUCUGGAUUUCAGUACAGCCUCUUUCUGUUCCUGUGCUUCACAGCAUGCCAGGGGUCUCCAGCUUCCCAGAACUGUCUCAACAAACAGCAGCUCCUGGCUGCCAUCCGCCAAAUGCAGCAGUUCUUAAAGGGGCAGGAAACGCGGUUUGCAGAGGGAGUGCGCAUCAUGAAGAACCGGCUGAUAACUCUGCAGAACUCGGUGACAAAAGCUGCCCCAGACCCACAAUCCGUGUCCUGCCCUGCACUGGAUGCCCCCGUGGAUGGCAGAAGAUUUGGUACCAAGUACUUCGUGGACCAUGAAGUCCAUUUCACCUGCGAACCUGGUUUUCAGCUCACUGGUUCCAGCACCCGAGUGUGUCAGGCAAAUGGCAGCUGGACUGGAGAAGCACCGCGGUGCAAAGUGAUCAGCAAAUGCUCGAGCAAUCCCUGCCAGAAUGGUGGAACUUGUGUGGAUGGAAUAAACCAGUACAAGUGCACUUGUCCUCAAGGGUGGACUGGUGAGAACUGCCAGUACCAGUCACAAACAGCCCCACCUGCAUGGAGUGUUACAAACGACCCAGCUUUCAGUCGCAAGCCACGCUGUGCCAAAAUCGACAGGACCCAACACUGCAGCUGCGAAGCCGGCUUCCACAUGAGCGGCACGGCCGACAACAGCAUAUGUCAGGAUGUAAAUGAGUGUGAGGUUUACAAGCUGGAGGGAGCCCCUCGUCUGUGCAUGCACGCCUGUGUCAACGUUCCUGGCUCUUACCGCUGCUCCUGCCCCAGUGGAUACAAGCUCCUCGGAGACGGGAAAAGCUGUGAAGAUAUAGACGAGUGCAGCCUGUCCCAGCACAACUGCACCAGGGGCAUGACGUGCAUUAACACAGGAGGAGGCUUCCAGUGCGUCAGCGCCGAGUGCCCUCGGCCCAGCGGCAAUGCCAGCUAUGUGAAAACAUCGCCAUUCCAAUGUGAACGCAACCCCUGCCCAAUGGACAGCAGAUUGUGCCAUCAUGCCCCAAAGUCCAUCUCCUUCCAUUAUCUCCCUCUGCCUUCCAACCUAAUAACCCCCACCCCUCUCUUCCGCAUGGCAACUGCCUCCGCCCCAGGCCGGCCUGGGCCUGACAGCCUGCGCUUCGGGAUUAUUGGGGGCAACAACCGAGGGCAUUUCGUGAUGCAGCGCUCCGACCGUCAGACAGGAGAACUGAUCCUUGUGCAAAGCCUGAAAGGACCCCAGACCAUCGAGGUGGAGGUGGACAUGUCUGAAUAUCUGGAUCGCACCUUCCAGGCGAAGCAUGUCUCCAAGAUCACAGUCUUCGUGUCUCCCUAUGAGUUUUAAAGAGACACAAUUUCUGCAAGUCAGCAAAUAAACAGCCGCAAGGACUGUUCCUGUUCAUCUCUCGCUUUCUUUCAGCACUGACUCGAACGAAAUUCCUUCCUUUCGAAAUGAUGAAAGGCCACGGCACUGCAACAGUUCUACAAAACAGGACCUUAAAAGCCCAGUGCUGAGAGACAAGACAAACCACAUUACUCUGGCAAUGCCAGGAUGGGGCUUGCAAUAAUCUCAGACUCACUUGUUCUUGGGAAGUUUUUACUCUGGACACUUCUGACUUUGCUUCUCAACAUCUUCUGUAGCACAUGCCUCCAGGAACCCUAAUCACAGUAACAGAGAUGUAGCAAUGAAAUCCAGAUUAUAGCCUAUAUAAACCUCCAUAGAGUAAAUAUCCUUCCAUCAGAUUUCAGGUUGAUUUGUCCGCUCCGUCUCCUGGCUGGUUUUACACUCACGGACAUGGAAAGCAGCCAGUGAAGUGUGAAUGACAUCAUAUGCACUCCAGCAGCUGUGCCUGCCCAGAAAGCCGCCCUGCCCUGCCGUCAGACUAGCAGCCGGCCGCGCGCCCCGCAGCCAUCAGUGACACCUCCCCACCAAUUGAAAACCGGGCUAGUGUGACAUCUUUGAACAAAGGGAUGUUGCUUAUAACUCCUUUGUCCUCAUCCAGUCCCCUUAAAAAGGCCUCCCGAAGCAUUUGCCCCAAUAAAGGGUUGAAGUCUGUAGAUGUCAAUUAACUAAGGCCACGAACAUUUUUUAGAAAAGUCAGUUGAAUCAGUUUGCUGAAUAGGAGCGUACACAAGCACAAAGAGACAACAGCACAGGCUGGGCUUGGUACCCAGCGCUGUAAGAUUCUCUGCAAGACAGCUCCGGGCGAGUGGCUCCAGUUCUCCUGUCGGUCUAGUUCUGUGUGUUGCUACUGAGUGCAGUCUACCAAGGGCAUGAUCGUGCUCCCAUUCAAAUCAGGGUGGGAAGCUGCCGUCAGUGCAGCGGUGCGGGAUGAAGUUCCUUGAGUUCUGAAUUGCACAACAAUGUGUGGGAGUUCUGGGGUGUGGCUGGACCUCCAGGGGAGUAGACUAAGACGGCCAAUUGCUUUCACUGAUAACAUAACCAGAGUUAGAAUCCAAGUCUCAUGUUUGGCACAGUGUAACAUGGCACCAAAAUAAUCCACAUCAAUAGCCCAACAUGCUACAAUUACAGAUUACAGUCAGUAGGUAAUAGUACCUUGACUCCCUCCCCGAAAGGGCUAAGGUAUUUGUGGCUUUAUUAACAGAAAACACCCAGCACAGAUAGCAUGGAGAUACCAUUUGUCCUUUAAAAAAAAUAUAAAAAGUCAAGGUCUGUUCUACUCUCUGUCAUGAGCUAUUUGCCUUCUUAAAGAAACAUUUCAGAGUAAGAGUAUUUGUUAAAAUAUAUAUUUAUGAGAAACCAAUUAAGGUUCAAAUUCCUCUUAUGAAAAUACCCUUUGAAUUGUAAUAGAUGCUAGGGUUUUUAAAUUUUGAUCUCUCCCAUAGAGUUUGAUGGAACCCCCAAUCCCCACCCCCUUUUAAUGGAGCCCUGCUAUAGAAUUCUCUUGGAUGGUUCUAAAAACUAUUGGAAGGAGAUGAUUCUGUAUUAAAUUCUACGGGCCAGAUCCUGAGCUGGUGUGAAUCAGCAUAGUUCCAUUGAUUUCAGUGGAGUUACUCCAGAUGUGUACUGAGCUCACAAUUUAGACCCAAACCACCUCUUUUUAGACUUUUUUUUCCCCCUGCGCUCACAUCAGACAAUGAAAAUGGCCGGUUUUGUGACAUCACCCCACGUCUUGCAUUUGGAAUGCAGAAUAGCGGGUGCUAUCUUACAGUGCUUGGGACACAUUCUGCUCCCAGUUUCACUCCUGCAGCCCUAGAGAAGCACAUAGGUCAAAUUCGCCCCGGGGGGUAAAUCAAUGGCGUUAAUCCUGGGAAGAAUUUGGCUCAGUGGGUUGAUAAACAGUGGAGCUGGCAGCAGAAUGUGGUGUGCAUUCAGCUGCCAUCCAGCUAAGGAUUUGGGUUUUUUGUUGGUUUGUUCAUUUUUUAAGCCUGCUCUCAUCACCUGGGUACCUCAGCACGUUACUCCAAUGGCUGCUUCUCAAGCUUCCUUCAUCAACAAGACGAAAUGUGUCUGUUUCUUUCCAGCACCCGCACCCUGUGGUGAGAGGUUCAUACUCCUUCCUUUUAUGCUACAGUAUCAUCAGACAGAGGAAGGAGACUAGAGGCCAUGCUCACAUGUCUACAUAGGAGGGUCUGACACACACCACCUACUCGUGCUGACGGCAAUUCCCCAAGGAAACCCCCUCUGCACAUUCAUGGGUGACUCGAACCCACAGACAUUCCCCCAAGUGGGGCCUGAGCUAACACCACUGAGGGCAAUGGGAAUCUUGCCCUUGGGUUCAGUGGGCUUUGGAUCAGAUCCCUGGUGCACAGCCCCACAAAUAACCCUGUAGGGGCGUGGUUAGUAUUGGACCCUGGGCAUUUCUUUUCCCUGGCAAGUGGUACCAAUAUUGGGCCAGAUUCUUCACCAGUGUAGAUGGGAGGUAGCUCCAUUGAGACGCUCGCCUGCACCAGCUAAGGCUCUGGCCCAUUAUCUUUGCGUAAUCCUGAAGCAAUUUACAUCUGGAGUUUGAAAUCCACGUUGUUGUUUAAUCUAAAUACACAUGCACUUGGGACGUUGCUUUGUAGGCUUUCUACCAGUCCGAUAACAUCUCUCAGGCUUAGCCCUGUGCAGCUGUGUUACAGCCGGAUGCAACCACCCCGGAGACAGACGACAGGCUCUCUCCUGUCCGUUCAAGCACAGAUAUCUGCAGCCAAUGGGGCAGACAUGCACUUCCCCUGGGGGCUCCAGGAGCGCUCCAGCACAGAGAGGCCGGGAACCAGAGAACACACUGGUGCCCUGUUGCUGUGCAGGGGUAUGAGGGAGCCCCUGGUGCCUCAGCCCCUGAUUGACCUUUCACACCCCUUGAGCAGUAAAGCACAGCCUGGCCCUCUACAACGCCUUGUGGGCAAUCAUAAUACCCAGUUUUCAUAGUACUUUUCAUCAGUGGAUCUCAAAGUGCUUUACUCCCAUUUUACAGAUGGGGAAACUGAGUCAUGGAGAGAUGAAGGGGCUUCCCCAAGAUCACCCAGCAGGCCAGUGGCUGAUUAUCUCCUGAGUCCCAAUCCAGUGCUCUACGCACUUCCCCUUCAAGAACUGAGUUGUGUCACAUCUUCAAACCAAUUCUGUGGCAUUAGAGGGAGUUCAUUGACUUGUCAAGUAAAUGAAACUGCAGAGACAAAACAACGCUGCUUCCCCUCCCCCCCCCCCCCCCCCCCCCCCCCCGGCAAUCAGCGUUGCUGGAUAUGGAGGUCACAGAUGAGCUCUCCGAAAUGUUCUUAAUUUACUGUACGUGUCCCAUCCUGGUUCCCACUGGUGGUCAGAAGGCCCCUGUCUCUCAGCUCUGUGCUGGGCAAUGAAUGAGGGAGAAAGAAGAAGAUAAACAUGUUUCCUAUCAGCGCUCAGUGUGACCCUGCUGGCCAGGGCAUGUGAGCUUAACCAAUCAAAUGCAGCCGAACCCCUCGCCCGCCUUUCAGUAAAAGACCAGUUCCCCAGAGCUACUCAGUUGUAAGUACUGUCGGCCGGACGGGGCGAACAAAUGCCCUGUGGCUAAAUUGGAUUUCAUAAACAUGCUGCUUCUUUUGGCUGCUUCCCCUCAAUAUCCUGGCACAGCUUUUCCAGUCACUCAAAGGAAAUAAAACCAAGAGGCGCUCAGAUUGCUGGGUGCCAAUAGGAGAACCUGCAUAUAGAGAGAUCCCUCCUGGCUAAGCAGCAGUCCAUACAGCUCUGGGUUUGAGAGUGGCCUUGGGCUUGAUUUUGAGACCUAGUCCAUGACAGAAGUGACCUGGUUGGCCCUCCCUUGGGGGACUGGGAGAUUUAAACUGUGCACCCACGUGAGCAGCCUAGAGCAGCUCUAGGACAGGGAUGGCCAAUGCCCGCAGCCAUAGCUGGAGCACUAGGAUGGCCAUCAGAAGCUAGGUGGGGGGAGGAGAAACAAGUGACAGCUUCAGAAAAAAACUGGGGAGGAGAAUUGAGGUCAAUGUUUCAACCAGAAUUUGGAUCAGGGUCAGGCCGGGGCAGAGACGCCCAUGCGCAGAGGCCCAUGGGCUGCUACUGCCAGGAACAUGAAAAUGAAUGAAACGAGCAAGCCAGAAGGUGCUGGAAUGGAAUGGGAUCAGCAGCACAAGCAUCUCCCGCAUAGCAAUACAUAAGGGGGCUGCAUCAGAGCAACGGGCCAGUCUUCACACUGUAAAAAGAUUCAGGCAGACAAGGGAACCACAGGACAGAAUGAAAAGGCUCCCCAGAAACCCUGAAGCCCAGUGCCAGUCUGCAGCAUCUGAUCUCCUUCCUGCUGAUCCAGGGCGGGGUCUGGAGCGUCUUUAGCAUUCUCAGCUCUGGGACAAUAAGGAAGAGAAUGCAGCCUAGAGCAGAUGGUCGUAAGUUAUACAGGACGGCAGCGUCAGAUCCAGACUUCAGUGGCUCAGAGUCAGUCCUUUGUAGCUCAGCCACUGGGAAAUUGAAUUCCUGAGCUUUAUAAAGUGACAACAUUCAAAUCAUUAUUGUUCUGAGGUUGUUUAUCCUAGGGCCAGAGAGAGACUGGGCAGGGGAAACAGUUCUGACUGUUUAGAGUGUGUGCGUUAAUUAAAAUGGUUUCUAGUAAGAAUGGCUAGUGACAGUUGUUGUCAUCAUCUUGUCCCGCAAUGAUCAUAUCAGGCCGUGAAGUUUGAGAAUGAAUUGGGAGACUCACACGGGGUCCUCUGGAAGGGUGUUUGAUCUGAAAAGCUUCACUUUCCUUGCAAUAUUACAUCGAACAGUGUGGGAAAGUGUUAAAGCAUGCUCCGGACACAGCUUGCACAGCGGAUAUAUCUUGGUCCCUUCUCUGUUGAUUUUCAUUCCUGCAGUAUGACCUAUUUGCAAUCUCACAAGAGCGGAUGUUAUUUCCCGAGUUGCUUUGUCACAAAUGAGGCGAUCCUGGCAAGUUGCAGCCUUGCACCAGCAAAGAACAAGAUGACUGCAAUGGUGAGGUCAUGUCCAAUGUGCAGAAGAAGGUACCCUUCUGCAGAAGGUUUAAAGAGCUGAGGUUGAAGGAUGUAGAGCAUGAGGUUAGCCACAAAUGAGCUUGGAAGAUGCCAUUUAUGAGGGAUUUAAGAAGCCUAAAUCCUCCCAUACUGACUUGUCUUCUUUCAGCUGAUAUAGCAACAUUUACAAGUUAAUACAAAGAUUAGAAAUCCAUUCGAGGGCUUCAGGAGAUGCAGAGUGCACCUUUGCUAGACCUCCUGGGAAUGAAAAGACGGGGCACUUCUUCUCAAUAUGUUUGAUGCUUUGGAGGUUUCCACAUUCACACUGUGGUGAAUCGUUGAUUCUCCAUUUGUGCACCAGGUGCACGUAUCUUCCAUGUGACAUCCUCAUAUGGUUGAUGGUCAUCCACUGUCUUCGAUGGAGAAGGAACCAGGCGGUUCAAUGGCGGGGUCAUCUAUGAGGAGCUUGUUGUUUACAUCAGAGCCUGUAUCCACCAGGUGUCUUCUGGGUUGAAGCUGGAUGACAGAAAAGCUUCUCCAGCUGCCCUGAAUGGACAGCAAGACUUACAGUGAGUGUGAGGUGUGUGAACCAGGUUGUCAUGGAGUGGGAGCUUUUGGUUAGUGAGAGCUUUCUUGUACUUGUGCAACAUUGCCAUCUCUUGCCAGAUGGCUGGAGGAAGGAUGUUUGCGAAGACUGGAAGCCAGCACAGUGGAAUGGAUUUCAGGGUGCCUGUUAUAUGUCUUCUAACCACAUUUAGUUGGAUAUUGGUGAGGUCCAUGUGUGAGCUCCUUCCCCAAACAGGUGCGCAUUACUUGGCCACGGAAUAAACUCAAGCCGGCGUCCUCAUUUGUCACAUUCGAGCAUCACAACCCCAGCUAGAACCUGCUAGCUUUUGGAUGAUAUUGAUGCAAAUCUUCAUUUUAUGGCUUAUCUGCUUCACAUGUUGUUGAUAGGUAAAUCUGAGACUGACUCCUAGGUAAGGGGGGUUAUGAUCGUCAGCAAUUGCCUUGCCACAGAAGUUUACCUUCAGCAUCCUCUUAGCUUCAGAAUUGCUGAGAUGGAAAGUUGAUGACAGACUUAAUCUUGCUGAAGGAAGAAGACUUGCAAGGAACCAUUUGAGAUGGAAGUUCAUUCCACACAACACCAUGGGUACAUAAUGUAUAGCCAUGUGAAUCAGCUGUUGCUUUGAUAUCGAUCGUAGGAUCUUUCAUUUUUUGACCAUUUCAGCUAAUAUUUCCCUUGAUAGGGAAUCAAUAUUCUCAAUUGUUGUCACUCCAACCUGACUUUCCAGUCUUCCAGUUUGGGGCCAGAUCAUCAGCCACCUCACUCCCGUAUGAACCAAAUGGGUGAUGGAAUUCAUUGAAAAGUCAAUGUAUGCCUCGCUUUCUGAUCCUCCAAGUCGCCUUCUGAAUUGCAUUGUUGAUAGCAUUCUGAUUUCUUAAGGAAUCAAAGAUCUCCACCAGUGCGUCAACAAUAGUGACCGUUUCCCUUGACACCCAUUACACUAGUUGACCAUUUAGCAAAGACACAAAACAAUUCAACCAUAGCUUGUUUUAAUCUACACCAUAUACAUUUCCUACCACUGCAUCAUUUAGGUCAUUUUUUUAAAAUGCAUUAACUGCUCUUUUUAUCCUAACAGGUGAGUCCUAAAGAAAAACUCCAUGAGACUAUUAGAACAAAAAUACUUUGUAGUCACUAUGAAUUUUAUCCAUAAUUGGGAAAAUAUAUCUUGAUAGUGUUUAGGGCUUGAGCUAAGGGAACGUGAGAUGUGAAUAUUUUAUUUUUGAUAAACCACUGCCUAGGCUCUUAGUUCUGUUUAUGCAGUUGUAGAAGGCAGCAAUUCUGAUUCCAAAAUGUCUGCAUUGUUUGCAUAUGUAGAUAUGAUACUUACACAUACACAGGGCAGUUACAAGUUAUCACCGCUUCCAUUGUUAGGCACCUGUUUCUCAAUUUCAGUGUGUCCAGAUGUUCGCCACAAAACACUAUAUUGUGCAUGCUUCUUUAAUACACCUGCUUAGUGUGGUUAAACAAUCACGUAGUCUUUGGCUGCAAGAAAAGAAUAAAACACUUC